AUGUUCUAUAGCCACGAGAUCCUCAGCAAUACCCAGUAUGGGGUUGCCACCAUCUGGCUCGUCGCCACCGUGGGCAAGUCUAAUCAGAAGCGGUUGACUCGCAAGGCAAUUCAACAAGUCAACGUUCCCAAGGCAUGCGAGACCAUCAUCAACCCAGGAGCCCCGUUAGCUCUACGUCUCCAGGGGAACCUCCUUUAUGGAGUCUCUAGGGUCUAUGCCCAGCAGUGCCGUUAUAUGCUCUCAGACGCUGAAAAGACACAAUCUGACAUGACCUUCUUUCGGGUUAUGGACACAAGUGAACCGGACCCAAACGCGGGCAAAUCAAAGCGACAUCAAAUCACCUUGCAGGAUGACCCGUCCUUUGAUCCUUUGUCGACUAUCCCAAAGCUCGACCUUUUGGCUAGCGUUGAUGAUUUGGUUCUUCUAUCGACAAAAUUUUCGUCACAGGGCAGUGUCUCUCAAAUGACUCCCAUGGCUCAAGGUUCCAGCUCUUCAGGUUGGGGCAAUUCACUGCUCAACUUCGACAUUCCUCAGUCUUCGCAUUCUGGCCGAAGCUACCGUCUCCCAACGGAUCUUGACCACGAUUCUCCUUUCGCAAAACCUUUCCAUGCGCAGGACCCUGUGGAGGACUUCAAUCCGUUCGGUGUAGAUAUUUCAAAUAUGCCUGGUCUUGACCUCAACUUUGACCUGGACGGCAACCUCAUUGAGUUCGGCGACAUGGAACCACAACUCCCUCCCCUUCCUGGGACGGCGGCAUUCGAAGAGCAUCUCCAGGUUCAAGUUGCCAACGCAGCCGGCCUCGGCGUCGAAAAUGGGCCCCUUGGAGGGGACAAUGUGAUCAUCAUGGGUGAAGAUGCCUUGCCUGACGCUGAGCCUUUCCCCAAGCGUCUUGUUGCCAGAAAAGCCACUUCCUCGGCCGAGCCCAGCUCUGAAUCAGUCUCGACUGAGGAAGCCAAAGCACCACUGCGACGACAAAGGCGACGUCGAAUCCGCCAAAUGGUCGAUGGCAAGGACCAUGUCGCUGUAACAGAGAUUCGAAGCUGGUCUAUGAACUAUCUUGACAACAUGAAGGCCAACUACAAACCCCGUCCUGCUACCACUGUCGCUCAGGCACGCCACAACGCGAAGGCUCUUCUUUUUGACAAUGGGCUUACGGGUAUUGGUAGAGCUUGUUCAGGUGCGGCACACCCUCUCGCAGAACACUUCUCUGGUAUGGCUCUCUUGGCGCAGCUACAAGGAAAGAAUCCUGAGCAAGAUGCAGAACCUGUGACGCGGAGCCGCCGCCGUGUUUCUGCUGAAGCUUUCGAAGACGAGCAGAAUGAAGCACGGAAUGUCCGUCAGAAGGUGAACCAUGCCAACGAGCUUGGGCGUGGUGUUGAUUAUGACAUGGGUGCUAUUAUGUUUGGUGAAGACAUUGCCCCUGAGAUGAGAAUGGAUGCAGCAAAGGGUCUUGAAGAUCGGCACUCCUCAUCCAUGGCUCCUUGGAGUCGUCCUCCCUCUGCUGCACCUGGUUCGUCUAUUCGGGGACAUGGUAGCGCACAUAAAAGAUUCCCUGCUCCAAGUCCUCUGCAUGCCCGCGGUAGUGCAAUUCGUCCAAUUGAGCGCUGGAGUGAUCAGCUUGGGCCGCAGCAUGGCUCUGACGACUUGGCGAUGCUCCGUUCUCAAGAUUCUUCUAUCGGCGAUGAAGGCUUCAUGGGUGAUGUCGAAUUCGGCAAUGGCGACCACACACAGGGCUCUGGUGCAGUCAUUGAUGCCUCUGCUCUUGACUUCUUAGGCUAUGCCACUUCUCGUGUGGAGUCCAAAGGAUAUACUCGUUCUUGCGACCAAGCUGACCGUCGCUGGAUCGAUUUCAAUACUCUUACCGACGAGCUCGAUGACCCUGCCAACUCCAAGAAGUUCGCAUCGGAGGCUUUCAUGCAUGUUCUCGUUCUUGCAACUAAGAACGCCAUUGCCAUCGAGCAAGAUGGGAUUGCCGACAAAAAGCCCUUCGGCACCAUCCGCAUUGGCCUCACUCUUCCUCAGCAAGAGGUCGACAUGGCCGACGAGCUGGCCUAG